AUGGGAAAUGUAAUAAAUAAAUUUGUUGUAGCAGUGCCUCAUUAAUAAGCUUAUGUAGUAGAAACAUUAGGAAAAUAUAGUAAAACAUUAAAUCCAGGUUUGAGUUUUUUAUUGCCACUCGUCCAAAGAGUAGCAUAUAAACAUUCGUUAAAAGAGCAAGCAUUUUAAGUAACUGCAUAAAAUACAGUAACUCGAGAUAAUGUUAUAGUAUCAAUAGAUGGAGUUCUUUAUUUAAAAAUUGAUGAUCCAAUAAAAUGCUCAUAUGGAGCUUUAGAUCCUUUAAAUUAUGCAUAUAUAUUAGCAUAAAGUACAACAAGAAGUGAAAUAGGAAAUUUAACAUUAGAUUAGACAUUUGAAGAGCGUGAUUUAAUAAACUAAAAAAUUUUAGAAUAAAUAAAAGCUGCGACUGAAGUAUGGGGAGUGACAUGCUUAAGAUAUGAAAUAAAAGAUAUAAUAAUAUCGGAAACUAUUAAAAAAGUUAUGAAUUUAGAAGCUGAAUCAGAAAGGAAAAAAAGAGCUGAUAUAUUGAUUUCUUAAGGUAGAAAAGUUGCAGAAAUUAAUCUUGCUGAAGCUGCAAAAAAAAGGAAGAUUUUAAAUGCUGAGGCAAAAAGUUAAGAAAUUUAACUUUAAGCUAGUGCUAUUGUAUAAAGGAUUAAUUAAUUAAGCUUUGCUAUUGAAAAAGAUUGUGGGUAAAAUGCUGCCGAGUUUAAUUUGGCUUAUAGAUAUAUUGAUACUUUGAAAAGUAUGGGAGGAUAAAAUAAAAAUAUCAUUGUUAAUUAUAAUAUUACUAAUCCUGAAUAGGUUGUUUAGAAAUCUAUGAAUCUUAUUUAAGAUUAAUAAUAAUAGUAAUAGUUGUUAUAAAAUUCAAAAUAAACUUAAAAUUGA